CACACCCGCGUCGGUACACUCCGCCACCUCCAGGCACACCCUAGGAUUCCUCCACUCGCCCGGGGAGACGCACCAGGCUCUGCCUCCUCUCCCCACCCCCCGCUCACGCGCGCGCCCCUUUCUCUCUCUCUCUCUCUCUCACACACACACACACACACACACACACACACUCACAUACACCCUCGCGCGCGGAGUCACUCCCCCUCGCACGCCCUCGCCCUGGGCACCCUCCCGCGGCGAGACUCCGGGUCCUCCUCCUCCUCUCUCGCUCCGCUGCCUGGCGACUCGGCGCUCUCUGGCCCGGCCUGGGGCCGCUCGGCCCGCGGGGAUCGGUAAGGAGCGGAGGGCGCAGCCUCGCCGCCUCCCCCGGACUCUGCUCUCCGCCCCGCCCGCGCCUCGCCCCCACAGCCUCCCACCUUGGGAGGGGGACCUCGGGAGAGGCAGCCCCCGGCCGGCCGGGCUCCGGUCCGCGCGGCGCCGCCAGCGGCGGGGGCAGGGAGCGAGCGAGGGAGCCCGCGAGCCCGCGAGCCCGCGAGCGGAGCGGCGAGGCUGGGAGGGGACGCGCUGCCGAGCCGCGGCUGGAGCGGCGCGGCGGUGGCGGCGGCAGUGGCGGGGGAGGGCGGGCUCCACGGACGGACGCACGAACCGAUCGAGCGAGGGAGGGAGGGAGAGAGCGAGACUUCGCCGGCGAAGAGGAGCCACGCAAGCGGCGGCUGCUGGGCGCUUCCCCGCGCGGCUGGGCGCUCGGCGCCUCCGCGGCCCCCGGUUCCCGGCCGCAGCUCUCUCGCGCGCGCGGGGCGCGGGGCCCGGGCUUGCUUCGCCGAAGGUAAGAGGGACGCGACCGAGCCUUCUGGAGCCAAGAAGUGCGAGGAGCGCUGCUCCCACGCCUGUUGCUCAGGCUGCCCACGCGGCACCCUCCCACUCCCGCGCCCGGGGGGCGCUGAACUAACUCCAAGCUGGUGUGCAAGGUGUCCGCACAGCUGCCGGCCCAGGAGCUGGAGUGGCCAUGGCGGCCGGAGUUGCAGCCUGGCUGCCCUUUGCCCGGGCCGCGGCCAUCGGGUGGAUGCCGGUGGCCAAUUGCCCCAUGCCCCUGGCCCCGGCCGACAAGAACAAGCGGCAGGAUGAACUGAUAGUUCUCAACGUGAGCGGGCGGAGGUUCCAGACCUGGAGGACCACGCUGGAGCGCUACCCGGACACGCUGCUGGGCAGCACGGAGAAGGAGUUCUUCUUCAACGAGGACACCAAGGAGUACUUCUUCGACCGGGACCCCGAGGUGUUCCGCUGCGUGCUCAACUUCUACCGCACGGGGAAGCUGCACUACCCGCGCUACGAGUGCAUCUCGGCCUACGACGACGAGCUGGCCUUCUACGGCAUCCUGCCCGAGAUCAUCGGCGACUGCUGCUACGAGGAGUACAAAGACCGCAAGAGGGAGAACGCCGAGCGCCUCAUGGACGACAACGACUCGGAGAACAACCAGGAGUCCAUGCCCUCGCUCAGCUUCCGCCAGACCAUGUGGCGGGCCUUCGAGAACCCGCACACCAGCACCCUGGCCCUGGUCUUCUACUACGUGACCGGCUUCUUCAUCGCCGUCUCGGUCAUCACCAACGUGGUGGAGACGGUGCCCUGCGGCACGGUCCCGGGCAGCAAGGAGCUGCCGUGCGGGGAGCGCUACUCGGUGGCCUUCUUUUGUCUGGACACGGCCUGCGUCAUGAUCUUCACGGUGGAGUACCUGCUCCGGCUCUUCGCCGCGCCCAGCCGCUACCGCUUCAUCCGCAGCGUGAUGAGCAUCAUUGACGUGGUGGCCAUCAUGCCCUACUACAUCGGCCUGGUCAUGACCGACAACGAGGACGUGUCUGGGGCCUUUGUCACGCUGCGCGUCUUCCGCGUCUUCCGGAUCUUCAAGUUCUCGCGCCACUCGCAGGGCUUGCGGAUCCUGGGCUACACCCUGAAGAGCUGUGCCUCUGAACUCGGCUUCCUCCUCUUCUCCCUCACCAUGGCCAUCAUCAUCUUUGCCACUGUGAUGUUUUAUGCCGAGAAGGGCUCUUCGGCCAGCAAGUUCACGAGCAUCCCUGCCUCUUUUUGGUACACCAUUGUCACCAUGACCACACUGGGGUAUGGAGACAUGGUGCCCAAGACGAUUGCAGGGAAGAUCUUCGGCUCCAUCUGCUCCCUGAGUGGCGUCCUCGUCAUUGCCCUGCCAGUUCCUGUGAUCGUUUCCAACUUUAGCCGGAUUUACCACCAGAAUCAAAGAGCUGAUAAACGCAGGGCACAAAAGAAGGCCCGCCUUGCCAGGAUCCGCGUGGCCAAAACAGGCAGCUCCAAUGCCUACCUGCACAGCAAGCGGAAUGGGCUCCUCAAUGAGGCACUGGAGCUGGCGGGCACCCCAGAGGAGGAGCACAUGGGCAAGACCACCUCGCUCAUUGAGAGCCAGCACCACCACCUGCUGCACUGCCUGGAGAAAACCACUGGGUUGUCCUAUCUUGUGGAUGAUCCCCUGUUAUCUGUACGAACCUCCACCAUCAAGAACCACGAGUUCAUUGAUGAGCAGAUGUUUGAACAGAACUGCAUGGAGAGUUCAAUGCAGAACUACCCAUCCACAAGGAGCCCCUCGCUAUCCAGCCACCCUGGCCUCACCACCACCUGCUGCUCCCGUCGUAGCAAGAAGACCACACACCUGCCCAGCUCCAACCUGCCAGCCACACGCUUGCGCAGCAUGCAGGAGCUCAGCACCAUCCACAUCCAGGGCAGCGAGCAGCCCUCCCUCACUACCAGUCGCUCCAGCCUUAAUUUGAAAGCAGACGACGGACUGAGACCAAACUGCAAAACAUCCCAGAUCACCACAGCCAUCAUCAGCAUCCCCACUCCUCCAGCGCUAACCCCAGAGGGGGAAAGUCGGCCACCCCCUGCCAGCCCAGGCCCCAACACGAACAUUCCUUCCAUAGCCAGCAAUGUUGUCAAGGUCUCUGCCUUGUAAAACCACUGGACAGAGGGACAGAGGGGUAGUGGGGAGUGAGGGGGGCUGGCAUGUUGGUGGGUGGCCACUGGACCACCCCCUACCCCUUUCCCCACUAUUUCUGUCUGCCCAUUGUACCCCUAGCACUGAGACUUGUGCCUGGAAGGAAAAGGAGGCCACAAAGGGGCGCCUGAGGUUCACACUGGUGGCGUGGACACAGCCUUGUGACACUGCAUCUCA